UCGCCUCGCGCGCCGACCCGGCCACCGGAAGACCCGCGGCCCGCGCCAUGUCAAAGAAAAAAGGACUGAGUGCAGAGGAGAAGAGAGUCCGUAUGAUGGAAAUAUUUUUCGAAACUAAAGAUGUAUUUCAAUUAAAAGACAUAGAGAAGAUUGCUCCUAAAGAGAAAGGCAUUACUGCCAUGUCAGUCAAAGAAGUCCUCCAGAGCCUGGUUGAUGAUGGCAUGGUGGACUGUGAGAGGAUCGGGACCUCCAACUACUACUGGGCUUUCCCCAGUAAAGCUCUUCACGCGCGGAAUAGGAAGUUGGAAGUUCUGGAAUCGCAAUUAUCUGAGGGAAACCAAAAGCAUGCAACCCUACAGAAAAGCAUUGAGAAAGCUAAGAUUGGCCGACAGGAAACGGAAGAGAGAACCAUGCUAGCAAAAGAGCUUUCUUCACUUCGAGACCAAAGGGAACAGCUAAAGGCAGAAGUAGAAAAAUACAAAGAAUGUGACCCACAGGUUGUGGAAGAAAUACGUCAAGCAAAUAAAGUAGCCAAAGAAGCUGCUAACCGAUGGACUGAUAACAUAUUUGCAAUAAAAUCUUGGGCGAAAAGAAAAUUUGGAUUUGAAGAAAAUAAAAUUGAUAAAAAUUUUGGAAUUCCAGAAGACUUUGACUACAUAGACUGAAGCGCCCCGGCUGGCAGUGGGGUGAUGCUGGGAUGCGCCCUUUUCCACAUCUCCCAGCCGAAUGCCCUGCAUUGGCCUUGGCCUGGAGCUGUGU